UAUACGUUGUCUUCUAUCAACACCACAAGCCAAUACCUGAAGUGAACCAGCUCCAAAAACAUUCUUCUCCUAGCAUUUAAACCAUGGCUUUUUCCAAGUAUUGCUUACUUCUGUCUAUGAUCAUGGCAUUGUUAUUCUCAAGCACCGAGAUGAGUCUCGCUGCUCGGCACCUCUUGGAUACACCAACUGCUCCGCCCCCAGCAUUGACACUGCCUACAAUACCAUCUCUGCCCAAGGCGACCCUGCCUCCACUGCCCUCUGUGCCAACGCUGCCUAAAGCCACAUUGCCACCACUGCCUAGUACGCCAUUGCCUACUUUGCCGACUCAACCUACUCUUCCAAAGCCCACAUUGCCACCAUUGCCGACAAACCCAUUGCCAACACAGCCAACUCUUCCAAAGUCCAUGUUGCCGCCGCUGCCAAGCACCCAAUUCCCAACACUGCCAACAAUACCCACCGUCCCCAAGGUGGCACUACCUCCACUGCAAGCUAUUCCAAUGCCCACCAUUCCAAACACAAUACCUUCAAUCCCCUCCAUUCCAACUACUAUCCCGACAAUUCCCUUCCUCUCCCCACCACCUUCAAAUUAAACACUAGUUCUUGAGAUGCCACAUUUCCAUUAUUCAUUCUUCUAUAUACUUUGUUUGCGCUAGUACUCAUGUUGUUCUGGAUUAUGAUAGAACUUGAUUCUCUAAUUAUAUUGAGAGCUUUCACAGUCUUUAGGGGUUCAUUUGCAUUUAUCUGUACAAUAGAUUUUGAUGUUUUAUUUCUAUAAUUUUCAUCAUGUCAAUUCUCUUUGAUCAUGUCGGUAACAUUUGUGAGUGUUAUUCUAUUGUAAUCGUCCAUAUGACUAAUGAAAAUAUGAUAUCUUUUGUGUUUUAUUA